UAGUGUGUUCUCUUCAUUCUCGAGAGCAUAUUAAAGAAGCGAUUUUCGAGGGAACUAAACUUUAUCGACAAUGGCAGAACGUGGUGGUGAACGCGGCGGCGAACGCGGUGGCUUCGAUCGUGGAUUCGGUGGUCGCGGUGGCGGAAGAGGCGGUCCAAGAGGAGGCCGUGGACGACGUGGAGGACGGGCCAAGGAAGAGGAGAAAUGGAUUCCAGUGACCAAGCUUGGUCGUCUCGUGCAGUGCGGUAAAAUCAAGCAGCUAGAACAAAUCUACCUCCAUUCUCUUCCUGUUAAGGAGUACCAGAUCAUCGAUCUCCUCGUGGGACCAUCGUUGAAGGACGAAGUGAUGAAGAUAAUGCCUGUUCAGAAACAAACGAGAGCCGGUCAGAGAACAAGGUUCAAGGCCUUUGUUGUCGUUGGAGAUGGUAAUGGUCAUGUUGGAUUGGGAGUGAAAUGCUCCAAGGAAGUGGCUACAGCUAUUAGAGGAGGGAUCAUUCUCGCUAAGCUGUCUGUGAUUCCAGUGAGAAGAGGGUAUUGGGGUAAUAAGAUCGGGAAGCCACACACGGUGCCGUGCAAGGUGACUGGGAAAUGUGGAUCCGUCACUGUGAGGAUGGUUCCAGCUCCGAGAGGUGCUGGUAUUGUGGCGGCUAGGGUUCCGAAGAAGGUUUUACAGUUCGCUGGAAUUGAUGACGUCUUUACCUCCUCAAGGGGAUCCACCAAAACCCUAGGGAACUUUGUCAAGGCUACUUUCGAUUGCCUUCAGAAGACAUACGGGUUCCUGACACCUGAAUUCUGGAAAGAGACUAGAUUUGCUAAAUCACCGUUCCAAGAAUACACUGAUCUCUUGGCAGCAAAGCCUGAGCCGAGCAACAAGGUUAUCACCGAGGUUGAAGACCAAGUUUAGACUAACAAUAAUAACUCUCUUCUUGUUUCUCCUUCACGAAUUAAGAUCUUUUUUUUGUUGUUGUUGUUCGAAACCAUGAUUUUACUAGUAGUAUAAGUUGCCGGUUUUCUUUGGAAAUUUUCCGGUGAAUCUUUCUUAAUCGUUUUUUUA